AUGGGUGCUUGCUGCAGUCGUGGCAGAAAGGCUGAGCACGACAUCGGCGAGAUCCGGGACGAUGAUUUGAGAGGCAUCUUUCACGAAUUUGAUUUGAAUGGUGAUGAUUUUAUUCAGAAGGAAGAGCUGCGUGCGGUCAUGCAAAAGAUGGGCCAGGCGCCAACCGAAGAUGAAUUAGAGGCAAUGUUCAGUGCAGCCGACAAGGAUGGUGAUGGCAACAUUUCCUUUGAAGAGUUCCUCUCAAUCGCCCAUGCCAAUCCCUUGUCUUUAUCGCUGAAGGCGGUCUUUGAAGAAUUGGACGUCGAUGGUGAUGGCUAUAUUACAAGGUCUGAACUGCGAACAGCAUUCCAACGAAUGGGCCAUGUACUUUCUGAUAAGGAUAUUAAAAAUAUCUACAAACACGUCGACCAAAAUAACGAUGGAAAAAUUAAUUUCAAGGAAUUCUGCGAGAUGAUGACGAGGAAGAAG